GGGGGGUCGGUCUCCCGCCUCAAGCCCCACCGUGUCCUCGGAGAGAGAAGCGACGAGGAGGUCUCCCCCACAAAACAACGUAUAAGAGAAACUCGUGAAGAAUGUGUUUCACACCCUGAAGACAAAAAUGAAAUAGAGUGCAUCACCUGAAUACGUGCAUACAAUCCCAUGGGCCAUUGCAGAAGGAGAGCAGCAGAGUGGAGAUGUUCAGGAAGAAGCCUCCUCCAGAGGAGGAGAGACGGGUCAGAGCCAAUGACAGAGAGUACAAUGAGAAGUUCCAGUAUGCGAGUAACUGCAUUAUGACAUCCAAGUACAACAUCGUCACCUUUCUGCCCGUCAACUUGUUCGAGCAGUUCCAGGAAGUAGCCAAUACCUACUUCCUUUUCUUGCUCAUACUUCAGCUAAUACCUCAGAUCUCCUCCCUCUCCUGGUUCACUACCAUUGUGCCUUUAGCUUUGGUGCUGAGCAUCACUGCAGUGAAGGAUGCAACAGAUGACUAUUUUCGUCACAAAAGUGACAACCAAGUGAACAAUCGGCAGUCUCAGGUCCUCAUCCGUGGCUUGCUACAGAAUGAAAAGUGGAUGAACGUCCGAGUGGGGGAUAUCAUCAAACUGGAAAAUAAGCAGUUUGUGGCAGCUGACCUGCUGCUGCUGUCCAGCAGCGAACCUCAUGGGCUCUGUUACAUUGAGACGGCCGAGCUGGACGGAGAGACCAACAUGAAGGUUCGUCAGUCCGUCUCAGUGACAAAUGAACUCGCGGACCAGAACAACUUGGCUUCAUUCGAUGGUGAAGUAGUGUGCGAGCCCCCCAACAACAAGCUGGAUCGUUUCUGCGGGACUCUGUACUGGAGAGACAAGAAAUACACCCUUACGAACCAGAACAUGUUGCUACGAGGAUGCGUCCUCCGCAACACGGAGACCUGCUACGGCCUGGUUAUCUUCGCAGGCCCAGACACCAAGCUAAUGCAGAACAGCGGUAGCACCAAGUUUAAGCGGACAAGCAUCGACCGGCUUAUGAACACUCUGGUCCUCUGGAUCUUUGGCUUCCUGGUGUGUAUGGGUGUGAUCCUGGCGGUGGGUAACGCGGUGUGGGAGAGAGAGGUGGGCUCCCUGUUUCAGAGCUAUCUUCCCUGGGACCCCUCUGUGGACAACUUCCUGUUCUCGGCCUUCCUCUCCUUCUGGUCUUACGUCAUCAUUUUAAACACCGUGGUACCAAUCUCUCUGUAUGUGAGUGUGGAGGUGAUCAGGCUGGGUCACAGCUACUUCAUUAACUGGGACCAGGAGAUGUUCUGCUCACAGUGUAACACAGCGGCGGAAGCCCGGACCACCACUCUGAAUGAGGAACUAGGCCAGGUUGAAUACAUCUUCAGUGACAAGACUGGAACUUUAACUCAGAACAUCAUGACCUUCAAUAAGUGCUCCAUCAAUGGACAGACUUACGGUGAAGGGCCAGACCCGUUGGAACCUCGGCCAAAGAGACUGGACUUCACUCCCUUCAACCCCCUGGCGGACCCAGACUUCUGUUUCUACGACGACACCCUGCUGGAAUCGGUGAAAGUGGGAGACGCACACACGCACAAGUUUUUCCGCCUGCUCUCCCUCUGUCACACCGUCAUGAGUGAGGAGAAGAGCGAGGGAGAGCUGGUCUACAAGGCGCAGUCGCCAGACGAGGGGGCUCUAGUGACCGCAGCCCGAAACUUUGGGUUUGUGUUUCGCUCCCGAACACCGGGGACGAUCACCACGACGGAGAUGGGGCGGCCUGUCACCUACACCCUUCUUGCCAUAUUGGAUUUUAAUAACAUACGCAAAAGGAUGUCUGUUAUAGUGCGUGACCCAGAGGGCCGGAUCUGUCUGUACUGUAAAGGAGCUGACACCGUGCUGCUGGAGAGACUCCACCCCUGUGAACAGGAACUGAUGAACGUCACCUCCGACCACCUCCAUGAGUAUGCAGCCGAUGGCUUGCGGACGCUGGCCCUGGCCUACAGGGACCUGUCAGAGGACGAGUGGGAAGCCUGGUCAGAGAGCUACUGCUGCGCUGACAAGGCCACCAGCUGCAGAGAGGACCGACUGGCAGCCGCUUAUGAGCACAUAGAACAGGACAUGAUGCUGCUGGGUGCCACAGCUAUAGAGGACAAGCUGCAAGAAGGCGUCCCAGAAACCAUUGCAGUCCUCUCUCUGGCUAACAUUAAGAUUUGGGUUCUCACUGGAGACAAGCAGGAGACGGCUGUCAACAUAGGCUACUCCUGCAAGAUGCUGACAGACGACAUGCCCGAGGUGUUCAUCAUCAGUGGAAACACUGUCCACAGCGUACGUCAGGAGCUCAGGAGGGCGAGGGAGAGGAUGAUCGAGUUGUCAAGGACCAGAGAAGGAGGGAAGGAGGAGGGAAUUGAGGGAUGUUUUAUGGGUAACGGCUUCAGAGAAGGAGAAGGUUUGGGAGGAGCAGGAGGGAAACAGCUGCAGUGUCCUCCUCCUCCUCCGUCCAACCUCAUGGACAACAUCUCUGGGGAGUUUGCCCUGGUUAUCAACGGACACAGUCUGGCCCACGCGCUGGAAGCAGACAUGGAGACGGAGUUUGUGUCGACAGCGUGCGCCUGCAAAGCAGUGAUCUGCUGCCGAGUCACCCCGCUGCAGAAAGCUCAGGUGGUGGAGCUCAUCAAGAAACACAAGAAGGCCGUCACUUUGGCUAUAGGAGACGGAGCUAAUGACGUUAGCAUGAUAAAAAGUGCUCACAUCGGAGUAGGUAUCUCAGGUCAGGAGGGCAUCCAGGCCGUGCUGGCCAGUGACUACUCCUUCUCCCAGUUCCGCUUCCUUCAGCGCCUCCUGUUGGUGCACGGCCGCUGGUCCUACCUGCGCAUGUGCCGUUUCCUCUGCUACUUCUUCUACAAGAACUUUGCAUUCACCAUGGUGCAUUUCUGGUUUGGCUUCUUCUGUGGCUUCUCUGCACAGACGGUGUAUGAUCAGUACUUCAUCACUCUCUACAACAUUGUCUACACAUCCCUCCCUGUGCUGGCCAUGGGGAUAUUUGACCAGGAUGUUCCUGACCAGAGAAGUUUAGAGUAUCCCAAACUGUACGAGCCCGGGCAGCUCAACCUCCUUUUCAACAAGAGAGAGUUCUUCAUCUGCAUCGCUCAGGGCAUCUACACGUCAGUGGUGCUGUUUUUUGUCCCCUGUGCUGUCCUGUCCGACGCCACUCAGAGCACCGGAGAGCCCCUCGCCGACUACCAGACCUUUGCGGUCACCACGGCAACCGCCCUGGUCAUUGUGGUCAGUGUACAGAUCGCUCUUGACACAGGCUUCUGGACUGUUAUCAACCACGUGUUUGUGUGGGGGUCUCUGGGCUCCUACUUCUCCAUCAUGCUCGCUCUGCACAGUCAGACCCUGUUCCUGAUCUUUCCCAAUCAGUUCCACUUUGUAGGUAGUGCCCAGAGUACAUUGUUGCAACCAGUCGUGUGGUUAACGAUCGCACUGGCGACAACAAUAUGCAUAGUUCCAGUUUUGGCAUUCCGCUUCCUUAAGGUGGACCUCAAACCUCAGCUCUCAGACACGGUGCGCUACACUCAGCUGGUGCGGCAGAAGAAGCGCAAGCCGAUAGAUUGCAGCGGCGAAGGUGGGAGACGUGGGCUGGGCAGUGUGUCAGACGGCCGUCUGGGUGCUCGCGGCGGUUCGAGGAGGUCGGGCUACGCCUUUGCCCACCAGGAAGGGUUUGGAGAGCUGAUCACUUCCGGAAAGAACAUGCGUCUCUCUUCCCUGGCCUUGGCCAGCUUCGCGUCCAGACACAGCUCCGGCUGGAUCGACACGCUGCGCAGGAAGAAACCUACGCACGUCCAAACUCCUCCCAGCGCCUCCGGGGAGAGCAGCCCAGCCCCCAGCUGCGUGUCCGGGUCAGUGCCGCCACUUUCAAACUCCUCCUCUGUUCUGGGCGGCUCGCAAGACACGACCAUCGAGGAGGAGACGGGCGCAACGCCUGCCCAAAACGCACAGACUGCUCCUGCACAAAGCCUGGCAGCUGCUUUGGCGGCGGCGCCUCGGGGUUCAGCCCAGGCCGCCAAUGCUGAAGGCCUCGCCCGCGCGACCCGGAGGUCCCAGGGGGGAGACUCGCCUGGAGGCUGGUCAAGCACUCUGGGCGCCGUGCAGGAGGCUCUGUUCCGUUGGAGGGCUCGGGCUGCUGCAUCCAACAGCCCCCGCCCGCCCUCUGUUCCUAUGGAAACCAGACAGAAUGAGGGAACCUUUUAGAAUACAUAGGGAAAUACAUUUUCCACUGUUGUCCACUUACAUGUAUGCACACAAAUGGGAUGUGUUGCGCGCUUUCCUGGAGAGACACUGAGACACGAAGAGCAGACUGUUCAAAGACUGUCAUUCCUCUCUGUUUCCCAACUGAAGCUUGUAUAAUAAUAUAGGGAAAAGUGACAUUUCCUAAUCUGCAACUAUGAAUUGGGAUUUAGAGGCGGUACAAGUGUUCCCAUGGUAUGAGAUUGCUGUUCAUGAAUGACUAGAACAUAACAAUAUGUACAGUAUUUAACUGAAGAAAAGCAGCAGGUGCAGGAAAAGGUAACAUCCUGUUAAUGAUGUUAAUGAUUAUUUCCACUUUUUCUUUGUUUCAAGUCAGGGCUCGCUCACAAUCAAGCUUCCUUCAAUAUCAAAAAAAAGCAAUAGGUUGAGUGAAUGUGCAGACUAACAACCUUCAAUAAGUGAAGUUCAGGCCUUCUUUUUAAAAGUGUUUUGUUCCUUAUAGUUCUCAGUGAGAACGGUGCUUUACUUUACAGAACACUGCACAAAAUGUUUCAGCUCCCAUUAGUUUUGUCUCACUUGUAACUUCACAUCGAACGUUUUCCUUUCUUUUUGCAUCAUAUUGAUGUGUUUUAUGAUGUUCUAGUUGAGUUGCCCUUAAAGGAUGCUCUCAGUGCUUUUUUUCUCCUUUUUGAAGCUGUGUUGUUUUCAUCUGGAAAAAGGCACAAAUCAUGUUGACAAAGUGCCAGAAGCUGACUUGAGGUCACACAUGGGCAAAAGGUGAAUGGUCAAACCGCUAUUUCAAGUGCUUUAAAUUUGUCUGUGCAUAAAGCGAAUGUGUUUUGGGAUAAUGAUGCCUUAAAUAUGUCACCAUUUAGGUCCCCUGAAGCUACUAUGUUCCCUGAUCCAUCAACGCACAACAUUCCACCUGUGUUGCAAAUGCUGCUGUCAAUUAUGGAUUCUUACUCAAGUAGGGUUGAUAUUAUACGUGAGCGUCCAAAAGGCCCGAAAUGAAUGUACUGUCGAACGGUGGUCAAUAAACUCGUCAUCUUUCGUUCAAAUGAGAGGAUCAAA